AUGAAUUCCUUUCAAGAAUUUGACUCCUCGUCAAACUCGGACACCAAAGCCAUCAACCUCGCAGCAGGUAACACCUCCAAUUUCUCAUCACCAGCACCACCUUCAUCCUCAUCAUCAUCGCCUCCUUCUUCCACCACUCUGAGCCGCUACGAGAAUCAAAAGCGGCGUGACUGGAACACGUUCGGGCAGUACCUCAGGAACCACAGACCCCCACUUUCGCUCUCACGCUGCAGCGGUGCCCACGUGCUGGAAUUCCUGAGGUACCUGGACCAGUUUGGGAAAACCAAGGUUCACACGCACCUUUGUCCCUUCUUCGGGCACCCCAACCCUCCUGCACCUUGUCCUUGCCCUCUACGCCAAGCAUGGGGCAGCCUCGAUGCUCUCAUAGGUCGCCUCAGAGCUGCUUUUGAAGAAAAUGGGGGAAAACCUGAAGCUAACCCUUUCGGUGCUCGCGCUGUGAGGCUCUACCUUCGUGAAGUGCGUGAUUCACAAGCCAAAGCUAGGGGAAUUAGCUAUGAGAAAAAGAAACGCAAGCGUCCCCAACACCCUCCUCCAUUGCCCCCCUCAAAUGAUGCAAGUUAG